UGUGUGUGUGAGAGAGAGUGGUUUGUCCCUCUCGGAAGGCUGCAUUAAACAUUCGGUGCCGAGCGGAAAUCGAUGGGAAAAUCCAACCGAAGUUGAUCACAGAAGUUAGAAGUUAGUGUUUUUGCAGCGAUUGCAGCUGUGUUGCAGAGUAGUGUCUGCGGUCACUGGGGGAAAGAAAAAAUGGCGGAUUAAAAGUUCUGCCCUCUGUGCGUGUGUUCUAAGCGCGGCCUCCAAUUCAGCGCAUCCGUUCCGAAGCGACUUUGAUCGAUCGAAACAAAGUGUUUUGUGGUGUCCUGUUGUAAUUAGCGCGUCCGAGACACAAUGCAUCACUGCACCGGUGCUAGCCGCUGCCCGGCAGCUACCCUCAGUAUGAUCCGGCACCGGGAACAGCCCCCGACAGCCAACGAACCAUUACCCCGCAUUUAUUAAAAUCCGCGGUGUGUGUGUGUGAGUGUGUGUUGAAAUUGUUAGCAAACAUCAGCUGUGGCCGUGUCUCGCCCUGGUUUUUGGCAUAUCAUCUGUGAUUUCUUCGGCCUGCAAUCAAGUCAAAGGACCCAGACCAGAAGGGACGAGCAAUUAACAUCCGCCCGGUCGAUUCCUCGCACCUAGCCUCACGGUGAGCCCGGACCAUCCCAACACAACUUCAACUUCAGCGUUCGUGUAGUGCAACCCGCUGCAAAAAAAAAAAACCACUCGACAAUGGCGACUCCAAAGGACGACCGGGCUAACAAUUUGGGCACCAUUCCCAUCAAUGGAUACGAUAGUGGCGCCGGUUACUGCACAUCCGCAGCUAGUAGCAGUAACGUUGGCCUCACGUCCACGCCCGUCGCGAGUGGACGUAACGCGAACGGGAGCAGUAGCAACGGUGGUGCUACCGGAUCAGCCACCAGCACUCCAACGACCGGUGGUUGCAGCGAUCCGAACAGCAGCGGUAGCAGUGGAACGAACACCACGAUUACGCCCGGCGGACCGGGCUCGUCCGGGCACAAGGGUAGCAUCCGAGGCAACAAGCUGGCUCGUCGGGCGCGCUCCUUUAAGGACGAUUUCUUGGAGAAAAUAUCGCAGAUCCGCACACCGACCAACACAAUGACGAGAUCUCACUCACCAAAUAGUCCGCGGGGCGGAAAUGGCGCUGGCAGCGGUAACGCUGGAAGUUACGGUAGCCGCAAAAGUACCACCGACGAACCAUCGAAGCCGAUACAGGAUCUCAACUAUCAUGUGCGACAGGUGAAGAAUGCACUGACACACUUCAAGGACGUGAUACUGAAGAACAAGCUGGAGAUGCUGCCGGGCAAUGGUACGGUGGUGCUGGAAUCGAUUGCCAACGUGCACACGGCCCUGCAAUCCUACACGUUGAACGAACAGAGUACGGCGUUCAUUAACGCCACCAACCACGUGUACGUUUCGCUUGGCAACUUGCUGAAACUGUGCGACGAGGUACUGCUGACGAAGGAGGGCGAUGACUGCCCAUCGCUCAGCAAGGAGAAUGUGAAGGAGGUGGUCGAGCUGGUGGAGAACGCCGUCAACAAUCUGGUCAAUCUGGCGAACGAGAAGCUUUCCGAUCGUAAGGUAACCGCGGCGUCGUCCGCUGGCAACGCAACCGGACCGGGCAAACUAUCGAGCAAUGCCUCCGGCACGAGCUCCAACACACUGCAGCGACCGACGGUGGAUGUGGUGAGCCAACGGACAUCGCUGCCAGACAUUCCGCUCACACCGCGCGAACGCGACAUCCUCGAGCAAACUUCCCUCAAGACGGUGCGUGCCUCGCACAGCACCGAAAGCAUCUUGCGUGAUUCGAGUCCACCGCCACCACCCAAACCACCGCUGCCGGAUCGAUCGCAGGAACCGCCGCCACCGUUACCACCAAAGAGGAAGAGCCAGCAUGCCAAGAAUCACUCCUUCCAUGACACAACGUCAUCCGACUGCAACUCAACCGAUUCCACCAUCUUUCAGCUGGGAGGCGGUGGAAGUGGAGGAACCAGUGGUGGGAACAGUGGCAGCAUGGGGCUGGAUCGAAUGUCACUUCGGUCCCGUUCGCCGGAAGAUAACUGCAGUCUGCUGAGUGCUAGCGCCGGUUCCCUGGAUUCAGCACUCAAUCACUCGCGCGAGGAAGACGAACUGAGAGCACUGACGAGCUGCUCGUCCCAUGCUAGCGCACCGGCCGCCAGUCUCGGUGGGCUAGUAAUGCUGGGCGCCGCUACCAGCAUGCAACCCUGGGAAGAAUCGGCGGAUCUGGCCGGCUUACCCCAGAACAGCAACAGCAGCCUAAACCGUAACUCGAACGAAUCGGGAUUCGAGUCCAUGUAUUCGUUGCGUGUUAGCCGGGAUCAGCAACAGCAGCAGCAGAUGGUACAGUAUCAGAGUACGGCUGCCACCGUUACGACGCACCAUCACCAUCAGAAGAGUGCCAGUACGACGUCCUCGUCCACUUCCUACGUGCACAAGUCCGAAUCGAUCGUGGACGGCAUGACGGCGUUCGUGCUGACCACGGGCAAAGCUGCCGUGCAACAGCAGCAGCAACUUCACCUGCAACAGCAUCACCAAUCACACGUACUUCAGCAUCACCAGCAACAGCAGCAGCAGCAGCUGCAACAUUUUCAUCAGAAAAUCGACACAAUCAUAACGCAACCAAGCGACGAAGGUACAACGGUCGGUCCGAAAGGAAGCGAACAGCUCGCCUGUUCCGCCUCCCUCACAUCGACCGUAACCACGUCGAGCAGCAGCAGCCUGUCGAAGCUGCUCGUGAACGCUCCGAGCAUAGAUGAGCUCGGCAACGAUGACGUAUUUCCAAGGCCGGCCAGUUCUACGUCCGAUAAGCCACCGGCACUGCCGGUCAAGACACGCUCACACAGUAUUAAGCGGGAACGGCACCCAUCACAGUACGACAACGUCGAUGAGGUCGACCUGGAGCGAAGCUCGCAAGACUCGUUCGGUCAGUUCCCGGUGCCCAGCUCGGCAUCCUAUCUGUACAAUCGACAGCAGAUGUUCCACAAUCUGCCGAGUAAGCAUAUCAGCCUGAUCGAACCGCGGCAUAUGAGCCGAUUCCAGGAGGAACCACCACCGCUCCCUAUCAAGAAGAAGCAUAUGUUUCAAAGUGUUGCAUAUUCAGUAAUGGCGUACAUGGAGAUCUUCGGUAGUGCGACGCAGAACCAAUCAGAGUUUAUGCGCCACUCGGUACACACGUACAACUUGGCCCACUCUGAGCAGGUAUCCACCAGCAGUACUACGAGUAUCUCACACAGUCAAACAAUGAGUCUCUCGCCGUCGCGCAUUGCUCCUGGUACGGUAUCACCGCCGAACUCACCAAACAUUAGCGUAAAGCCACCCGCUUUGCCACCGAAGCGGCAGCGCAUCAACAGCAAAACACCUAGCAUCGCAUCAACACCUCCUGCCAGUCCGAAAAUUUUCCAUGAUCAGCACCAUCAAAUGCAGCACCACUAUCAGCAGCAACAGCCUGCUCCUACCGAAAUCAACACAUCACCAUCAACGUCCUCGCUCGUCUCGCAGGGGCACAAACCAACGCCCGCCAGCAAUCAAUGCUUGCUGGACGUUAAGCCAUCGAAGGUAUCGCAAGCUGCACCGGAUGCAGACGCAUCCGCUACAACAUCUGCGUCUGCUACCACUACUACUACUGCUAUUUCCUCUACUACUACUACUACCACUACCACUACCACUACACCUAUCGCUUCGGCUGGUGACGGUGUCCUUACGACCGUUGCUGCUGCGGCAGAGAAAAAUGCUUACAGCAGUAGCUCCCCUAACAGAAGACUUACCGCCGGACCACAUCCGAACGCGCCGGACGAUGAUUAUCUGCAUCUGUGCGACACCACCACGGCGGACAUUCCGGCUGCCGGUGUGGGUGGCCAGUUUGCCUCCGCCGCUUCCAGCAAGAAUCUCGCCACCGGCGUCACUAGCCGCAGCGGUGGCACCAACACACUAGUCAGUGUCGGCACCGCCGGUCACGGAAAUAAUAGUAGCGGUAGUAGCAAUAACAACGUUGAAUCUAGUAGUUAUUUAAACGAUAGCCAUAACAAAGGUAGAGCUAGCAGCAGCAGCAGUAGCAGUGCGCUGGCCGCAUUACCAGCCCGCGAUACCAUCUACGAACCGGCGUCCGCUGCGCUACCGGCCGACGACAACGCCAAGGACGGGGACGAGGUUGAGGUCAUACUUAGACGGAAUAAUAAUAAGAACGGUAUCACUAUUCUGGAACAGCAGCAACCGCUGAAUCUGAUGGAGGAGCUAGACGUGAGCAACUAUCUGGUGUUUAAAAAGGACAGUGAAGACGGUCCAGACGUCAAGGGUGGCCAUCCGGAUGCGCUGAUCAUCCACGCCACCAGAGUGCAGAAAAAUUCAGACGCCGAUUGUUUAGAGGAUGCUUACGGUGAAGCAUUCAUCACAACGUUCCGCACCUUUAUCACGCCACUGGAACUAAUCCAAAAGCUGUCCCAUCGCUACACCGUGUACCACUGUCAGAUGAAUGAUGCCAAACAGAAAGCCGCCAAAGAAUCCUUCUCCUUGCUGGUGCGGGUGGUGAAUGAUCUGACCACGCCGGAUCUGAGUGAACGGUUGCUGGUCAUAUUGAUGAACUUUGACUAUCAGCUGGUAAGUGCCGGGCAUCUCACCAUGGCCAAACUGCUGCGCGUGAAGCUGAUCGAGAAGGCGCUCAUCUACAAGCAGAAGGCGUCCCUGACCGUCCCGACGCUCUCGUCCCGGGCACUCGUCGCCCAACCGCCCACGCUGCUCGAUCUGAAGUCGGCCGAAAUCGCCGAACAGAUGACGCUGCUCGAUGCGGAACUGUUUCAAAAGAUCGAAAUACCGGAAGUGUUGAUCUGGGCGCAGGAACAGUGCGAGGAACGUUCGCCAAACUUGACCCGCUUUACCGAGCACUUUAACAAGAUGUCGUAUUGGGCUCGCACUCAAAUACUUUCGCAAAACGAUGCCAAAGAUAGAGAGAAGCACGUGAUUAAGUUCAUCAAGAUAAUGAAACAUUUGCGGAAAAUCAAUAACUACAAUUCCUAUCUGGCACUGCUGUCAGCGCUAGAUUCCGCUCCGAUACGCAGGCUGGAGUGGCACAAAACAAUAACCGAAGGCUUAAAGGAGUACUGUGCGCUGAUCGAUUCCAGUUCCAGCUUUCGGGCCUACCGGCAAGCACUGGCCGAAACGAAUCCUCCCUGCAUACCGUACAUCGGGCUCGUGCUGCAAGAUCUCACGUUCGUUCACAUUGGCAAUCCGGACCUGUUACCGGACGGUGCAACGAACUUUUCGAAACGCUGGCAACAGUAUCAUAUCGUCGUGAACAUGAAGCGCUUCAAGAAAGGGUCUUAUCCGUUUAAGAAAAAUGAACGAAUCAUCGGUUUCUUCGACAACUUCGAGUACUAUCUGGACGAGGACGCGAUGUGGCAGAUUUCCGAAACAAUCAAACCACGCGGAUCGCGCAAAACCAACGUCAAUUAGUACAGGCUGAACUGUUUGCGCGGGAGUAGCGAUGAGCGGCAGGAGGAAGGUAAAGGCAGGCUAAGGGCUGACGCGGACGAACCGGAUCACCGCAAUCAUUAGCGUGUGUGUGUGUGUGUGUGGGCGCUGGUUGAAUGGAACGGGAUGGAUUUGGUUCUCCCUGGCGGGAGUCGGAUCGCCCGGGAAAUCGGAACGAUCCCAAGCAAACCGAAACAAUAUUCAGUCAAAAAAGCAAAAAGAAGCAAAAUCGCGCAUUACACGACGAUCAAAUCGAAAUUAAUGCAUUUACCCUUACGUUAUCAAAGAGCACUAUUACUGAAGCAAAAAGGGAUUUUAAUAUACCACUCUCCUGUGUUUGUAUGUGUGUGUGUGUGUGUGCAAGCGAGUACAGGAGGGUGCUGGUGCACACCGGAGCGGUGAUCGUAACUGUAUCGUGCUGCGCUUAGUUUAUUACUUUUUGCCCCCUUAAUGGCUGCUUCUCAUAUUUUCAAAUUUGAAAAAAACCGUUGGCGCACACAAGCGCCACGCGGUCGUUUGAAUCAAGCCGGGGAAAAAUUUUUGUAAAUUAUUUUAAGUUAUCAAAAAACCAACACGUGAUCUAAUUGUAUUAAUACCAACUGCUUGCAAUGGUACUUUUUAAAAAGUAUUGUUUUUUUUUAAUUGUAUUUAAUAAUUACGACACCACGUGUGCACGUGUGGCGUAUAAUUUCACUCAACAAGGGGAGGUUUUCACCCGAUCUUCGAGUGGUUCGACCGAGCCGUAGCGCAGGUUAGAUUCUCAUCGAUCCCCAUAAUGCCUCCCGAUGUAGGAUGGAAGCGUCAGUACGAGGGUAGACGUUAAUCACACUAUCUGACUACAUGUACCAAUUUCUCUCAAGUCUAGUAUGUCUAGUAGGAAGAUAAGCUGAUGGUGCCCACGCUGCGGUGCACGGUAAGUAAGUAGCAAUGAUUGAAAAUAAAUUUGCUCGCAAAAGCGGCAAGACAGAGAGCGAGAGAGAGAGAGAAAAAAGUUAAACAAAAAUCACACCACACACACAAACACAUGUAAGAAAAUAUAUAGUGCGCAUAGUGAAGGUGAACGAAGGGAAGGAUUAUAUAGUAUAGAAAAGGUAGUAGACAGGUGAUAGUGCGGUGGUGCGUAAGAAAAAACAAUCGGUUCCGGGAGAACUCACACACACACACACGGACAGUCAAAAGAUGGCGCUGCAGUGACGCUGUCUUCUGUAGGGAUAUUUUUUAUUGCAAAAUAUAACUAUUCAUAAUUUAAACGAUGUCCUUCCUUCUUGAGUUUGUUUCUUUCUUUAGCGCGCGUGUGUGUCUGUGUGUGUGUGUGGCAUUCAGUUUUGUAUGGGUAGCUUUAACGGUUUUUUUUUUGCGUUUGUAAAAUGUACGCCAGCAGAGUUGAUGUUUAGUUCUUAAAGUAAUACAAAAAUUUAUUUGCUGCUCUCUAGUCGCAACCAUAUCGGUAAACACGCUUUUUAAAUGUUUUCUUUUAUCACAGUUUGGACUUUUUUUGUUGUUAAUUUCUGCUUGUGUUUUCUUCUCGGCUCAGAAGGCUUCCGACCUGUUAGUGUGAGUUAGUGAUACAACGAAUUAAAACUAUUGUAGUGUAGUAGCAAAGCUAUAGGCCAAACGACGGCACGCUAGCUCGCCCCACGAUCGUACGCACAGAUAUGCACCACGAGCACAGGCUGGCUUUCUCUGGCAUGUCGUCAUCGGGUGGCGAGCUAACGUGCCCAUAACGUGUGUGUGCGCGGGUGUGUAUGUGUUGAACGUGAUACGUUUCUAAGCUAUCGCAAAGGGUUCUUUUUAAGCUUAAAUUUGCUUUUAACAACAUACGAUUACGCCUGUACGCGUGCCUGCAGAUGCGUACCACACCUAGCCUUUUUAACUAUCGAGCGAAGUAUUUUUUUAACUAACAAAAAAAAAACAACAAAUGCUAUUUUUUAAUCGAUAAGUAGAAACAUUUCUCGCUGCAAUGCAGCAGCUAAUAACGAAUCUAACCGCCCGUUCGAUAGAAUUCCAUGCGCGAGUUUACAAUGUGUAUAUGUUGCUUGCCUUUGAUUUUGCGCGCGCUCUCUUCCCUCGAACGAGCGGUUACGCAAGGUGGUUUAAACUUAAAAUUUGAUAAACAACAAACACACGCGAAAAACGUAUCAUGCAUAGGGAUGUCUCUCGCAACAUUCUCUUAGCAAAAACAAAGGAAAACCCCCCCUUUAAAAUCAUACUGCACAAGGGGAGGCAACAAGCCGCACCGGACCGCAGAAGAGGCCCCAAUGAAUAACCAUUUUUAAGAAUGCUCUAUAAAGCACGGGAAGUAAGGGCGAUAAGGGUAGCAAAGAUGAAAACUCUAAACACAUGGUAGAAGCAAAAGGGCAUAAAGUUAAUUGUAAGACUUGCUUGCAAGCCAAGCAUAGAAUAUCAUAUUAUACCAACAACAAAAAAAACAGCCAGUGAUUUCAUGUUUAAAGCCAAAAACCUUAAAACUAAUGCCGUUACAAACCCCCUUUAAAAACCAAUCACAGCAAAAGCACAGGUGUCAUUCGAUCUACAGUUCUACAGAAACGUAUGUUUGGACCAAAAACUAGCAGCAAAUACUCCUCGAUACCGUGAGCGUACUAAGCACGAUGGAAAACUCCCAAUCUUCACACGGCAGGACCCGCUGUUCAAAUCCCAUCCGGGGCUGACUACUUUGCUACGAGGUAGAAUCAAGCCACAGCAAGCCAGCAAUGGCAGGCCCGAUACCUUUUGAGAGGUUGGUAGUGCCAAGGCAGAAGAAGAAGGAAGGGUUUCCCAAUUGUGUGGACAGUGAAAGCACAUAUCAAAAAGAAACAAAAGUUGAGGAACUCUGCUAAGAACAAGAAGAAAGAAAGAAAAAAACAAUCUCCUUCACGUACUUCCUCUUCAUCGUCGCCGAAGUUAGUUGAGCGUACAGUGGUGGUGGCAACGUUUCGGCAUAGCGGAUCGACUGACUAUUUUAGACUGAGAGCCCGUUCGAUCGACGUUUGAUUUUCUUUCUUUUUUUGGUUUAAAACUGCUAAAAAAAACUGUUGAUAACAUAUAUAUAUAUACAUAUAGAGUUGCGCGAAGUGGCGCAAAUUCGCGAGAUGCCGUGGAACACUAAAUCAAAUUUAAACAGAACGAUAUUAACCAUACAAUCGACAACGGACAAAAUGUUCUUCUCGCAGACGCAACAUAAACUAGUAGAACUUUUUACAACAACCACAAAAAUUUAGCCUCGAUGUUUCCUCUGAAUGUAAUAGGUGUGUGUGUGUGUCCGUAUCGUAUCUCCACUCCACUUCUUCUUCAAUCACUACAAAAACAAGGCCCUGCCAUCCCAUUUUCAAGGCAAAAAGGACAUGCGAAAGUGUGAAGCGAAAGUUUGAAUGAUGAAGGACAUGCGAAAGUGUGAAGCGAAAGUUUGAAUGACGGAAAGCCCACAACAUACACAUGCGGUUGGGAUCGGAACGGAGCAACUACGUUACAGAACAUUACAGUGAGAUUUAAUGCAAUUUUACAUAAUAAUUAUACAACAAACCAAAUGUGCAUGUGGGUACGCGCAUGUGAUUUAUUUACAAUACGCAUAUGUAUUUAGAACAAGAAGCAAACAAAAAUUAUAUGUAUGUGGUAAUAAUGCAUAAGCAUAUAUAUAUUUAUUCACAUGCAUGCAUGUAAUAUAGCGCUAUAGUCUCUUCUAGGUAAACCCACUAAAUUAAAAAAAAACUAAAAUCACUACUUAUACAAUGAAACGUGCGUGUGUGUGGAUGGGUCACCGACGGGAGGGGGGCCAAAAAAACCCCUCCUUCUACCCGAUUUUUCGCUCCCUCUGUCGCAUCAUCCAUUCGUAUUUUUGAACGAUGAACGGGUGGUUUGUGUGGGUUGUGCGCUGGGAAAAGUGAUGGGAGUGCAGGGGGGUUACGUCCCAAGAGCCUAGGAAGGUAAUGUAGUAGCGUAUUGCAACUGUAAAGCAUCUCUUCGACUAAUGCCUAUUCGCCCAUGCAAAAAAAAGAAAAGCAAAAAAACACUAUUGAAAUGAAUACUGUAACAAAAAAAAAAAAA